CCGGGUGGUCGCGGCGGCUGGACCUGGGAGGCGAGGGGUCCCCAAGAGCGAGGGGAGAGCAGAGCGGGCGAGGAAGAUGCGGAGGAAGGGGCCGGCUGCUGUCAGCCUCGGCUGCAGCUUGGCGCCUCGCCACCCCAGGCGCCCCAGCGACACGGAGGGGCUGUUGUGCAAAGUCGCUGGGAGCUAGUGAGACCCAGACCUGGGAGCGCAGAGGAGCGGAACUGCCCAAGGCCCUGACGGCGCGCGGCAGGCAUUGACUCUGCGGUUUCGGGCGACCCCCUGAAGCGACCCAAAGGAGACCGGCUGGGGCUGGAGAAAUGGGUCCCAUGAGGCAAGUGUGACCCUGGAGUGCAGACUGCCAGCCUGACGCCCAGUCAGGGAGGGAGAGCAUCAUGGAUGGCAUAAUUGAACAGAAGAGCAUGCUGGUGCACAGUAAAAUCAGUGAUGCUGGCAAGAGAAAUGGCUUAAUUAACACAAGAAACUUCAUGGCCGAGAGCAGAGAUGGCCUGGUGUCUGUUUACCCAGCACCACAGUACCAGAGCUGUCGGGUAGUGGGUAACACAGCUCCAGCCAGCCUGGAUAACAGCAGGAAUGAGCCGGUCCAGCAACUGCUGGACCCCAACACACUUCAACAGUCUGUGGAGUCCCAUUUCCGACCCAACAUUAUCCUCUACUCAGAGGGCGUGCUGCGCUCUUGGGGGGAUGGCGUGGCUGCCGACUGUUGCGAGACCACCUUCAUUGAGGACCGGUCACCCACCAAAGAGAGUCUGGAGUACCCUGAUGGGAAGUUCAUCGACCUCUCGGCUGAUGACAUCAAGAUCCACACCCUCUCAUAUGAUGUGGAGGAGGAGGAGGAAUUCCAGGAGCUAGAGAGUGACUACUCGAGUGACACAGAGAGCGAGGACAACUUCCUCAUGAUGCCCCCAAGGGACCACUUGGGCCUCAGCGUCUUCUCCAUGCUCUGCUGCUUCUGGCCUUUAGGCAUCGCGGCCUUCUACUUGUCCCAUGAGACGAACAAAGCCGUGGCCAAGGGGGACUUCCACCAGGCCAGCACCAGCUCCCGACGGGCCCUGUUCCUGGCUGUGCUGUCCAUCACAAUCGGAACCGGCAUCUACGUGGGCGUGGCUGUGGCCCUCAUCGCCUACCUCUCCAAGAACAACCACCUAUGAGCUUCAUCCAGGCGCACAGGGGAAGAACCGGGGCCAGUCGUACGCAGAUGCAAAGAAGACAGGGCUGGCAAGGGGUGGACGCGCAGGUAGACACACCUGUGUGAUGCUGUACACUCUCAGUUAUUGCCGAACGGCUCCAUAAAGCCCUGGGAUUUUUCUACCCAUGGAUUUCUUUUGUUUUUACCCUUUAAUAUCAUUUUCACAGCACUGUGUAGAGCACGAGGCAGAUGGGCACUGCUGACCUUUCCAAAGGGAAGCUCCAGAGAUCCUGAUCCGCAAGGCCUUCUUGGAUGGAUUCUGGUGGAUUCAUGACAGUGUAGUUCUCUCUGCAGCCUGCCAGUGCCUGGAAUGCCAUAGCAUUAGCAAUACACAAACAGUACAAAUGUGUUUAUUUUUUAUGGAAUAUGGUGCAAUAGGCAGAGGGCAGGGGACACGCCACUUCUGUCUGUGGCCCUGCUUCACUCCACCGGCAUUCCCCCAUCCACGAACCUCCCUUGCAGGAAGAGAAUGGGGCUGGCAGGAAGAGAACCAACACUUCCAGCAAAACUCCCAGCUAUCACUGGACUUCAGAUGGGUCCAGCCCUGAGAAUGCAAAACCAGAAUAGCAUGGGGUCUAUCCCCAGGCCUACUGGACACUCCCUCCAUGCUGCCCCAGCCUAGGAACAUCCAGCCUCUUUUGGAAUGUGUCCAAACUCAGCAGCCACCACGCAGCAAUAUUCAGUCUUGGGCCUCGUUGAUCUAGGGUGGGGGGCAGGUCGCAGACCCUCCAAAGACCCUUCCUGGAAGGACCAAGGUUUGCUCCAGGAACUGAAGGCAAAGCAGCUGUGGACACCGUCUCAGCAUAAAGACGCCUGCGUUGACACUCGCCCUGGUGAUAAGCAGUGACACCAGUGAUCUUUAAAAAGAAAUGAACCUUCCCUGUCGACUAAAUGAAUAGCUAUUUUCUUGUCAUUUUUUUUAAGUGCAACUACUGCUUCAUGCUGCUUAAGUUAUCAGACGAAUGCUGAGAAAUAAGUAAUCAGACAUUUUAAUACCA